AUGGAGCUGCUGGACGGCACCGAGGACACUGUCCAUCCCGAAGUUCGGGCGCACAUCAACAGCCUCGUCUCUGCACUCGGCGGCAUAAGCGCGGACGACGAUGGCCAGUAUCAGCUAGGAGACGAUGCGCUCCAGGUCCUCCGAGACAUCAAGCGCUGGAUACGAUUCUACGAUGAGAAAACGAAUCGCAUGGAUGUCGCCCGAUGCAUCCACGACGCCAACCUUAUCCAAGGCGACAUACUUCCAAUUCUUGCACAAUGGCCCGAGAGCGCCAUGGACAACAAAUUCAAGUCACGCAUGGCCCUGGCUUGCUUCGAAGUCAUGGUCCCGCUGACUUGGCCCAUGGAGCGAGACAAAGAGCGAAUGACCGUCAAUCACCAUCGACACAUGCCAGUCCUCGAGCUGGCUCAGCUGCAAUAUAAAAAGGCCAUCAUCAACUUCGAUGGUGCCCGCAUCCUGCAUACGGCUGUUCGUGCCGCUCUGCCGUCCAUGGCGAUUCCCCUUGGCGACAGGACUGCUCGAGACCAAGGCAUCAUCAAGCUGGUUUUGUUCUUCCUCCGCAAUGUGGCGCUGAUUUCUCAUACCCCCAACAUGGCUCACGAGGACGAUGAGUCACAAAACUCAAGAGUCGCAACCAUCGAUGCCUUCUCAUAUCAGGACAUAUUUCUUUUCCUGCUCACACUCGCCUCCAACAUGGGCGACGAGUUUCGGACAGAAGAUACCAUCGUCAUGGAAAUCAUCCAUCAUCUUGUGAAGCGAGUGGAAGUCGACAAUCUCUUCAUGAAUGAGCAACAGCUGAACAAGGCCAAAGCGAGUCAGCUCUCUGCGCUGAUGAGCAAAGAGUCCUCGAUGCUCAGUGCGUACAAUCGAAGAGGUCCCACCAGGCACAAUCGAUUUGGCACCAUGGUAUGGGUCAAGCGGAAUGAUGGGAAGAUGUCAUCCCUUUCGGGGCAAGAUGCCCUCGCUGAUGCUGCGACGCGCAAUCAGAAGAUGGACAGCAACAAGACAUUUAAGCCGCCUCGACGAGGCAGAAAGCAGAACAAUGACGCCCAAGACCUGGGCCCGCCUGUCAAGCUUAACGCGCGGACAAACGCUCAGCUGCGGUCAUUCGUCGAAGAAUUCCUCGACUCUGGGUUCAAUCCCUUGUUUCAGCAUAUCCGCAAGUCCAUUGAUCGGGAGGCACCGCAUCUCAUGCAAUACCACAGGCGGCAAUUCUUUCGCUUGGUAGCCUGGUUCCUCGAGGCUGAGCGUGUGCGGCGACAGGUCAAGAAAGGGGGCGGCCAGCAAGGGAACAACGAGGUCGGCAGCUUCAACCUGGUUGCCGGCGUGCUAAACCAAGAGAUGUUCAUCACGCUCAACAGGGCGCUUCACGAGUCCUACGAAAUGAAGGACUGGCAGGAGCUGGCUGCCGUCAUGCGGUGCUUCACGCAGAUCUUGCUCACAGUGCAGGAAAUGGCCGAGUCCGGUCACGAUGACGACGAGGAGAUUGCAGAGAAUGUACUGGGCCGUCUCUUCUACGAGGAGGCGACACAUGAUGCAAUUGCAAACAUCGCUAGGACCUACAAGGAUCAAGGAUUCGACUACUUGGACGCCGCUACGGAACUGGUCCAUCAUUUCUUGCGCAUUUUGGAGGCAUACUCGAAGCAAAAUGUCGACAUGCAAGUCCGCUCGCGGAAACGUACUAGACGGAAGAAGAAGUCUGCGGACCAGGCCAGCGAGAUGGACGCCGGCGAGGAAAAUGAUAAUUCGGCAGACGACGAAGAGGAUGCAGCGCGGACUUCCAAGGAGCGCAAGUUUGACUUCCACCGGUUCUCGAGCAAAUUCACCCCGCAAGGAGUUGUCGACACCUUUGCGACUUGGACCAAGCACUACAGAGACCUAAGCGACGCGCAACUCAAACGCGCGCAUCGGUAUUUUUAUCGCCUAGCCUUCAAGCAGGAGAUGAGCGUCAUGCUCUUUCGCGUGGACAUUGUACAUCUGCUGUACAAUAUGAUCAAGGGCCCCGAGCCGCUGGACAAGUCCUCCAAAAUGUUCAAGGAGUGGGAAGAGCUCGUUAAGCAGAUUCUCCGCAAAUGCUUCAAGAAGGUCCAAGAGCGACCGGAGCUGGUUAUCGAGAUGCUCUUCAGCAAGCUCCAGGGGACCGCCUUUUUCUUGGAGUUUGGAUACGAAAGGCAGACCAGCACCAGCAAGCGGGAAGCCAAGCCGGGCGCCGAGCUGGAGUUUAAGCACACGGAGGAGCGCGACCGGCAGGUGGCGACUGUGAUUGGCGCCAUGCUGGACAGGGUCGAGAGCGACCACAUCAACUGGGUGAAGGGGGUCUUGACCGAGGCCGAGAAUGAACGGCGAUCCUGGGCCGCGGCGCAGGAGGCAUUGCCCUCGGUCGAAGACUCGAUCGAGGGCGAAGAGCAGGCUGGCAAUGGGGAACCAAAGAACCCCCCCAUGUUUUACGUUCGCCCUGACCACCCCGCCCGUCGCACGGCCAUGUUCAAGAACUCCUAUCUGCGCCUCCUCAUGACCGUAUGCGGAUUGGAGCGGCUCGGGCCAGCCUCCGAGGAGACCCUCGAGAGCUGUUGGAUCAUUCCAGACGGUGUCUCUGCCGACGACCUGAAGGACUCGCUGCAUUACAUCAACCAGGCCGAGUUCAGCCCGCCGACGUUCGAGGAUGGUGCCGUGGCCGAGAAACAGCUCAAGCGCAAGAUGGUGCCGCGCAAGAAGGCGGCUUUUGACGACGGCGACGAAGACGGCGAGCUCGACGACGACUUGCUCUUCCCCGUCGGCGGACCAACGGCGCGAAGGGCAGUCGACGAGCCGGCGAAGCCCAAGAAGACGCGGCAGCGCCGGCGACGCAGAUCCGGCACAGACGAUCCUGACGACGCGGUGCUUGAGGACAAGGCGCGCAAACGCCGCGAGCGCGAGCGCGAGAAGGCGCGGCGCAUCAAGUCGGCCCUAUACGUCCGCGAGGGCGAUGACGACUUCGACUCGGAAGAAGACGAGGCCUUUUUCGCGCGCGAGCGUGCCAUUGCCGAGCGCGCCAAGAAGGCCGCCGAGUCGGCCGUGGGGCAGAUCGACGUCGUCUCGGCGCCGCCGAGGAAGCGCAAGUCGGAUGCUCUGCUUGCGCUCAGCGAUGAUGAUGACGACGACGAUGAUGAUGAGGAUGAUGAGGGUGGUGACGCUGCUCCACGCCGUGCCCGGCUGGCGCUGAGUAGCCAGGAGAGCCCGGCCGAGGGCAGCGAGACGGACGGCACGCCCCCCGAGGCGAGCGACGCCGAGGAUGAGGUGCAGAAGCGGAAAAGGCAAAGGAAGAGGAGGAGGAGGGGCAGCGCAGACGCCGACGUGGACAUGGAGGCCUUAUCGUCAGUGGCAGCCGACGCCCAAUCAGGCGGCGGCGACGACGACGACGACGACGAUAUCCAAGAGGCCCCCGUCGCGGUCACGAGGCGGCCGAGGGUUCGGGGCGGGUUCGUGGUGGACAGUAGCGACGAAGACGACUAG